CCUAAUUUUAUUAUAAACACUCAGAUCACUCAAACUUCAUUUCUCGCAAGCAGCUUCCGCGGCAGGGAAAAUAAUAAUGGAGGCAGCGAGAACUGUAAAGGACGUUUCUCCCCACGAGUUCGUGAAGGCCUACGCCGCCCACCUCAAGCGCUCCGGCAAGAUUGAGCUUCCUCCAUGGACCGAUAUUGUCAAGGGUGGUAAAUUGAAGGAGCUUCCACCGUAUGACCCUGAUUGGUACUAUAUAAGAGCUGCUUCCAUGGCAAGGAAAAUCUACUUGAGGGGAGGUCUUGGUGUUGGUGCCUUCAGGAGGAUAUAUGGAGGAGCCAAGAGGAACGGUAGCCGCCCACGCCAUUUCUGCAAGAGCAGUGGGUCUAUUGCUCGUCAUAUUCUCCAGCAAUUGCAGAAUGUGUACAUCGUCGAUCUUGAUACUAAAGGUGGUAGGAAAAUCACAUCGAAUGGCCAACGGGAUCUCGAUCAAGUUGCUGGAAGGAUUGCAGUUGCCCUCUGAGAAAUUUCAUUAUAUGGAUUGAGUUAAGAAAAAUUAGUUUGUUUGCAAGAUAACUGUUUUAUGAGAUGGUGUUCAAAUCAAUUCUGUUUGUGUCCAUGUCUGGUAUCUUCCAUUCUAUAUCUAGAAUUUUUGUUUUCAAGUUCAUUAUGGUUUUUUUGUUGACUAUGACCUUAAAAGUUUUGAAACUUGUUUUUAGAAAAAUUUACUAGUGAAAUGAUCCCGAGAAAAAAAAUUGGAUCAUGUUUGUCUUCUA